CAUCCAAGAUGGCCACCGCUCCAGUUGGUUGUCGGAGAGACCUGAACUGGAUUUACUUCGGCCUGUGUGGCCUAAAGGAGGCCUGGGGCAUUCUUGUGGAGUCCCUGGCCUCCUUCGGCCUACUAUUUGGGGCCUGCCUGCUGCUUGCCCUGCUCAUAAUUGAAGUACGGGCCCGAAAAACAGACGGGAAGGGCCGGUUCGCUCUCCGGGCCUCGCUAGGCCUUGGAGCCUGGGGCCUAGUAGGCCUGAGCCUGGCUUUCGUGGUCAGGCCUCACCCCGACAACUGCUCGGCCCGCCGCAUCCUCUUCGGGUGCCUCUGCGGCCUGUGUUUCAGCUGUCUUUCGGCCCUGGCUGGUAGUUUGGCCUGGAAAUCUCGCUACGGCCGCCCGCCGAGAGAUGGGGCUUGCCUGGCGGCGGCCCUGGGCCUGUUCUCAGUGGAGUGCGUCAUAAAGGCCUCCUGGCUCCUAACAUCCACCGUCAGGGCCAGACCUUUGGAACGGGAGGCUGGACAGAGCCCUUGCUCGAUCGCCAAGGCUGAUUUCACCGGAGCCUCGGCAUAUGUUAUGGGCCUGCUGCUCCUUGGCCUAGUUCUGGCAGGCCUGGGCCUACGUUGCCCUGGGAAACGGGACCGCAGGCUUGCAGCCUACCUCCUCUCUUCGGCCUGUGCUUCCGUGGUGGUCUGGGCGGCCUGCUUUGGGGCCUAUCUCGGCGGAGAGAGAAGGCCACGCCUGGGAGCAAGACCUGAUGCUUGGGAUGACCCCCCCCUCGCCUCCCUCCUCCUCGCCCAGGGAUGGGUCUUCCUCUGCCUCUGUCUCGCCCCCUGGGUCAUCGAGGGAGCCAGGGGGCAGAGGCGGAGGGAGAGGGAGAGGGAGGUAGGUCCGAACGAGGUCUACACCGUCAACAAGGCCUUCCGCACGGAGGUGGGAGAUGAGAAUCCGAUAAACUCUACCCUCGACGAUGUCUCUCUCAACUUAGAACCAAAAUCGAUCGAUUCAGAGCAGAAAUCUCUCGAACACUCUAUUCGAAAACAAGAUCCACUUUAUCGAACCCACUUUAUCUGAGUCUCGGUAAUGCUGUAGAUUUUACCUCAGGACCCUGUUUCCUCCCUCCCUCCCCCUCUCCUCUCUUUCAGACUCUCAAACUUACUCAUACACUCAUUCCCUCUCUCCCUCCCUCUCUCACCGUCCCCCGUCCCAUCACACACUCCUCCUGGGGGUCAGACACACACACGUCUUUCAAUAGUCACAGUGUCAGAGUGAUACAGCGUAGAAACAAGCCCUUUGGCCCAACUUGCACACACCGGCCAACAUGUCCCAUCUACACUAGUCCCACGUGCCUACG